AUGCCCCCCAAUGGCCGCGUGGGGCGGCAUACCCUCGUCGUCGGCCUCGCCAUCUUCAUCGCCACCGCCGCGGCGUCGUUGUCGUGUCUCCGGCUGCGCCCGAGGGCUCGACAUCAACACGCCGCCGGGGCGGCCGCACAGGACGACGCGUCCUCGCCAUCGGCCUCGGCACCGAGCGCCUUCGCCAUGCUCGUGGAAACUGCGGUCUCCCCUUCCCUACAAAAUCUCCAUGCUCUUCCCACGCUGGAGCCUUUCGUGCACACUAGCCGGACGGCAGUCAGACACUGGCCGGAUACAAGAAGUACACCACCCGCCCCUGCGUGCGAGCUCUCCCUCCCGAGCCCCGCAGCGCGCCGUGCCUCCCCGCCCGCGUCGGCUACCGCCGCGGUGGCCGGCAUCCGCUCCCGCCGUGGCCGCAUCCCGCUCGUCCGGCUCGCCGCCACCACCGGGUCCACGCCUACAGCUCCCAUGCCGGCUGGUCGGCUGGCCGGCUCCGGCCGCCUGCAGGCCCGUACGCUUCUCCCGUGUGCCUCGCGCCUCCGCCUCCGGCCAGCCACUGCUCGGGGUUGGCUCCCGUUCCGCAUGCCUCGCUCCGCACCUGAGCGCCCGAGCCCGCCGGCUCUGCGCCGCUCCGGCCACCUCUCCUCCAACGGCACCACGGCGCCGGCCCCGUCGCCCUUCGCCUGCUCUGUCUCGCGGCCGCGCAUCCCGCCGCCUCGCUCCUCCACGGCUCCGACGAGCUGGCCGGCUUUGCCGAGCUCGCGCCCAGCUCUCCCCUUCGCGCCCCCGUGCCUCUCAGGCACUGCGCCACGUCUUUGUCCGGCCACCCCGCGCGCGUCCACGACCCGGACCAUGCUCGUGGCCGGCUCCCCGCCCGGGCCGGCUGCUGGCUCUGACCGGUCGCCUACCGCCCGCGCCGGCUCCGGCUCCGACCCGGCCGGCUCUCGCUCCUCCGCCACCUCCACUGCCUCCGACCCGCCUCCGCCUCCCGCGCGCGCGCCGGGCCGGCUCGCCGCUCGCCGGCCCCGCCAGCUCGGCCACGGGCCUCCUCCGCUCCGGGCCGGCUCGCCGCUCGCCGGCCCCGCCAGCUCGGCCACGGGCCUCCUCCGCUCCGGGCCGGCUCGCCGCUCGCCGGCCCCGCCACCUCGGCCACGGGCCUCCUCCGCUCCGCGCCGGCUCGCGGCUACGCCUCACCCCGCACCGGCCGAGUCUUCUCCCGCUGUCUGGCCGCGCCCGGCCGACUACGAACCAUCCGGCCACGCCCGGCCUCCCCUUCGCGCGCCCACGGCGUACCGGCUCCCGCGCGGGUUCCCGCACCCGGCCCCCGACCCGUCGUUCCGUCAUCCUGCCGGCUUCGGGCAGGCCAGCUGCUUGUUCCGGUCCGGCUCCCCCAGCCCCUGCCGGCUCCCCGCCUACGCCCGCGGGGCCAGAUCCAGCUCCCUCCGCGCCGCGCCGGAUCCGGCUGCCCCUGUGCGCCUGCGGCUCCGCCCGGCCGCCUCGCUUCGCCCCUGGCCGGCUUCGACCGCGCUGCGCCGACUCCGCCCGCCGGCGCGUCCGCGAGCCAGCGUCCGCCUUGCCCGCGUGGUCGUGCGCCCCAGCCGCCCCGCCUCGCCUCAGCCCCCGUGCGGGCUGGCUCCGACCACGUCGCGCCGGCUGCGGCCCUGUCCCGGCCUCCCGCGCCGACUGCCGGGUCGCAGUGCGUCGGCCGGCCGCCCCGCGCCGCCUUGGCCGGCUCCCGCCGCCCUGGCCGACUCGCUGCUCCAGCCGACGUCCACGCGCGCGGCCGGCUUGCCGCUCCAGUAG